AUGACGAUAAAUGGGAGCAUGAUCUUUUCACUACUGACAAACCUCAACUAUCAAUUACUAGAAGUUCGAGGAGGGAACAAGAACAACAGCAGUAGUAUACCAAGCGAAGACGAGCGAGAUCAAGGUGAUGAUGAUGAUGAUGAUGAUGAUGUUGUUGAAUCAACUGCUUCUGCUUUUGACCGAGCUAAAAGAGACAAAUCUAGAGGCUCACGGCGAGGUCCCUUUGUAGUUGAUUUAGAUUCAGGUUGUACUACUAAAGUAAGCAAAAACCCCUCACAGGAUCAGUCUGAUCAAGCUAAUGAUGAGCUUAACGAUUCGGCUAACGCAUUUGUCUCUGUCUUGUUUCAGAGGAAGUCUAAUAAGGCUGUUGUGGCUCCAGUAGAGGAACCAAAGUUUAACUGCCCAAUUUGUCUGGGUCCAUUUACCGAGGAGAUGUCAACAAAGUGUGGUCAUAUUUUCUGCAAAAGUUGCAUAAAGGACGCCAUCUCUCGUCAAGCUAAUUGCCCUACAUGCAGGAAGAAGGUUACUGCUAAAGGCCUCAUUCGAGUUUUCCUUCCAACCACCGAAUGA